AUGAGAUCGUUUCAUAGCUCACUCCGCACAGCGCGGAGGACUGCUUUCCAGCAACAAGUCCGCCAAUUUCAUCCUACCGGGUCGAGACCUUUUAUCGCCGAGGCUCUAAGCGUCUCGUCUGGCUUCAUCUAUGCUAUCCAUUCAGUCACCGGUCUCCCAUGGGCAGUAUCCCUCCCAUUGACGGCAUUGGUGGUGCGAACGACUGUCGCCAUGCCGUUGCAAAUCUACACCAAGAUACAAGCCCGGAGAGAGCGUGACAUGAUCCCCCUUCUCCACUCGUGGCGCCAGUACUACCAGAAGGACUUGAGAAAGCGCAAAUCAUCAUCCGAUCAGCUCGCACUCCCUGGAGACGCUAGGGUGCAAGUGCUAAAGGCCAUGGCGACGAAACAGCGCGCCUUGCACAAGCGCUGGAAUGUCGCUCGGUUCUGGAAGCCCUUGAACUUCCUGCAGAUCCCAAUCUGGCUCUCCAUCAUGGAAAGCAUUCGAGCCAUGUCCGGGAGUACGACCGGGUUGGUCCCCUACCUUCUCUCCUUCCUAGAGUCGUCGUCCUCCGCCGAGGCCAGUGCCGCUCUGCAACGGGCCGUAGAGCCCUCUCUAGCUACCGAGGGCGCGCUGUGGUUUCCGGACUUGAUGGCGGGUGACUCGACGGGCAUUCUGCCGGCCGUGAUGACCUUCUCGAUCCUUCUCAACAUCCGGAGCGGCUGGAAGGCUCCGGCCCUUUCCGAAUUGUCGGACCUGCCGCGGCUGGAACUGGCGAAGAAGCUGUCGGUGAAAGGGCUUAGGGUGUUUAUUCAGGUCCUCGCGCUGAACGUCGGUCUAUCGUCCUACUAUCAUCAAUUUCCUGCGGCGCUUAUGCUCUAUUGGAUCACUAGUACGAACACUGCCACGUUGCAAACCUAUCUUCUGGAUAAGUACAUGAUUUUCAACCAGCCCCUGAAACCUUGGAGACAAAUGCAUAUCGCGUACACAUUGCCGGGUGAACAAGGGUCUGAGAAGACGAAAUAA